AUGCCGUUACGAAACAGCGGCGAAAACCUUCCAGGGCUGGUGCCCAACGGGCAGACUGUGUGCACAAUAUGUCGGGAAAGCUUCUCGGAACGUGACGAUGUGCUGGUCACAGCUUGCUCGCAUAGGUUCCAUCGGAAUUGUUUACUCUCAUGGCUGAAGAGGAAUUCAUCCUGCCCUCAAUGUCGGACAGCGUGUACCAGUAAGGAUUUCCAUCAGAAUACUGGAACUCGUACCAGAUCGCGUACGGCUUUUCAGGAUAAUGCAUCGGGUGGUAGUAGGAAUGAANAGAAUACUGGAACUCGUACCAGAUCGCGUACGGCUUUUCAGGAUAAUGCAUCGGGUGGUAGUAGGAAUGAACCGACUACAGGCGAAAAAGUGCUCCAACAACAACAGUCGGAAGGUGCCGCAA